ACUCUUUGUAAUUGCCUUGAUCUCAGCCCAGCUACCGCAGCAGUGUUUAAAGUCCACCUCACAGGGGAGCACCUAAGCUGAAUGCUCUCGAUAAUCCCCUUUGGAAGCUUUUUCAGUACCACCCAGCCUGGUCAUUGGGCACCUGGGCUUCCCAGCAGGCUGGCUGGGGUCUAGGGAGAGGACUUGUCUUCUCUACUUGGCUACAGAAUGAAGUUACUUAUCAGAGCACUCUUCUUGUGGCUGAGUCUAAGGGGCUGUGUGGCCCAGAGUGAAGAAGCCACCUCCGAACCUGGGGAAUCCUAUUCCGACUGGGGUCUUCGGCACAUCCGGGGAAGCUUUGAAUCAGUCAACAGCUAUUUUGACUCCUUUCUUGAGCUGCUAGGAGGGAAGAAUGGGGUUUGCCAGUACAGAUGCAGAUACGGGAAGGCACCAAUGCCCAGGCCUGGCUAUAAGCCGCAGGAGCCCAACGGUUGCAGCUCUUAUUUCCUGGGUCUCAAGGUACCGGACAGUAUGGACUUGGGGAUCCCAGCAAUGACCAAGUGCUGCAACCAGCUGGAUAUUUGCUAUGACACAUGUGGAGCCAACAAAUACCGUUGCGAUGCCAAAUUCCGCUGGUGCCUCCACUCCAUCUGCUCAGACCUCAAGCGCAGCCUGGGUUUCGUCUCCAAGGUGGCAGCUUGUGAUUCACUCGCCGACACAAUAUUCAAUACUGUAUGGACCUUGGGCUGCCGACCAUUCAUGAACAGUCAGAGAGCAGCCUGCCUCUGUGCUGAAGAGAAGGAAGAGUUGUGAUGAAGAGCUGGCUCCCCACUGUCCUUCAGUGAGACCACACCUGCCUGCAUCCCUCCCUCAGAGGGGACAGUGAAACCAGGAGAUACUCCAUCAGCUACAUUCCAUCCUUCCUUAUAACAGCCUAGCUACCACAAAGUAAGAGGGAGGGAGCAGUAAAUGACAGCUUGGAAAGUGAGUCAUGACUUUUGGGGAUGGGAAGCACCAGUAUCCCACUGCAAGUCCCGGGAAUUGCCCUGCCUUGGGAAAACUGUUCAUACAGAGAAAAUACAACGCAAACUCUGAGAGUUCUGGAGUUGAAGCUUGAGUUCACACAUGAACUUUGGGCAAAUCUUGACUCUCGUGAGGCAGAUGAUGGCUUUCCAUCAGUCCAUGCCUUGGUUGUCCCUUGCUAGACAUAAUAAAGUGAACUUUUAAAAAA